AUGCCGUUUAUUUCGUCGCCGGUCGUCUUCCCAUCCAGUGCCCCCUCGCCGGAUGCGCAGAAGAGGAAGAACGAUGAACAGGCGUCGGCAGAGCCCAAGAGGCAGAAGAUGAUGGGAGGAUUUAUAGAUGACGAGGAUGACGAUGAAGAUGCCAUGGAUGCGUUCGGAGAUGCGCACUUCGCCAGCCAGUUUGCGAUUGAAGAAACCAAUGAACAAGAACUCGUCGAACUCCCUAAACCCAUUGAAAGACCACAAAUCGAUCCGACACCGGCAGAGACACCGACCGUCGAUCCAGUACAAGACACACCCGUUCCAAAGACUACCGGUCUUGAUUCAUCACGACAAGCGUCUGGACGAGUGCAGAUAAAGACCUGCUCCGGCAAAACCCACAAUGUUUGGAUGAAGAAGCCUAAAGCCCCGGUCACUUACGAAAGGCUCAUUGCUGGCCGCUCGACGACAGCCCCUGGGAGGGCGCAGAAAAGCUACUACGGCAUCGAUAUCCAUAAACUCUUAGACGAAGCGGCACAGGAACCCGAACGUGAAAAAACCCCCAAGGUACCGUCAGGGGCACCAGUACACCCGUCGAUUGAAUCAUCCUCAGCAAACCGGAAAAGCAAGAAGAGCGCGACAGCGAUGUGGACUGAGAAGUAUCGUGCUCGAAAGUUCACAGAGCUCAUCGGAGACGAACGAACGCAUCGAUCCGUUUUGCGCUGGCUGAAGGGCUGGGAGCCCAUUGUUUACCCAAACCUCGCCAAACAAAAGUCGAAGAAGCCAGCCAAUGGUUACGAAGAGAACGAACGAGCACACCGAAAGGUCUUGCUGCUAUGCGGACCCCCGGGUCUUGGAAAGACCACCUUGGCGCAUGUUUGUGCCAGACAGGCAGGCUACGAAGUCCUCGAGAUCAAUGCUAGUGAUGAAAGAAGUAGAGACGUGGUGAAGGGUAGAAUCAGAGAUUCCCUCGGUACCGAGAAUGUUAAGGGCAUGAACGUGGAGGUUGGUGAGCAAAAGGUACGAAAGGUCGGGCGACCGGUCUGCGUCGUGGUUGACGAGGUCGAUGGAGUGGUCAGUGGAUCUGGAGGAGGCGGUGGAGAGGUAGGCUUUAUGAAGGCGUUGAUUGACCUUGUUCUUCUCGACCAAAAGAACACGGCGCGCUCUGAGCAAAAUUCCACCGGUAAGAAACGAAAAGGUGAUAAUUUUCGAUUUCUCCGGCCCCUCAUAUUGGUCUGCAACGAUGUCUACCACCCAAGUCUACGGCCGCUCAGGGCAUCCUCCAUUGCCGAAAUUAUCCAUGUUCGCCAGGCACCGCUUGAGAAUGUUGUCUCCCGAAUGAAGAACAUCUUCGUCAAUGAAGGCAUCCCGGCCGACAACGACGGGGUGAGACGGCUCUGUGAAGCAUCCUGGGGCCUCGCGCGAAGGAAACAGGGCAAUGUCAAAAACAGCGGGACGGCCGAGGGCGACAUCCGCAGCGUCCUUGUGGCUGCAGAAUGGGUCGCUCAUAAGCUGAGAUAUGAUAGCGAAGCCUCGCUUCGGCUAACGAGGAGCUGGCUGGAGCAGCGUGUUUUGAGCGAAGGCUCAGGGGGUGGCUCUUUUUUCAAGGGUUUGAACCGAGGAGGCGUACGCGACCUUGUCGACCGCGUUUUUACAGAAGGUGCAGGUCUUGCAGAUGCGCCCGUUGGCACGGAUUCCUUCCGUGAUGCUUUCGAUGAUAGCGAAAAAGUGCCCGUGGGCGUUGCAGAUCUGAAAAAACGUCAUGCCAUCAACCGGCUGCGCGAGAUGGUCGAUGCUAGUGGCGACCAAGAUCGCUGCGUUUCCGAGUGCUUUGCGUCUUAUCCUUUGCAAGCAUACCAGGACGAUACGUUCCUUUCGAAGCCUAAUGCGGCUUACGAAUGGCUUAGUUUUCACGACACCGUCUCAUCCAAGGUAUUCUCGUCUCAAGAUUGGGAACUCAGCCCGUAUCUGAGCCAGUCGGUUGUAGCAUUCCAUCAUCUCUUUGCGACUUCUAAGGGCAAACGGAGUGUUAAUAAUGCUGAUGAGGAAGAGGAGGAACAUCCAUUCUCUGGACCCCGAGCAGACUUUGCGGCUUUCGAAGCUCAGAAGCAGAACCGCGCCAUUAUUACAGGGUUUCAGUCGUCUUUAUCUGCCCCACUACACCGUCUGUUCCGGUCAACAGACUGCUUGAUAGGCGAGCUCAUUCCGAACCUCAUGCGAAUGCUGUCACCCGAUGUGAAGCCCGUGGUUGUCCGCGGAAACGGAGACCAGAGGAGCGUGGCCAGUGUCCGGAAAGAGAGCGAACGGGCUCUUGUGCAGGCCGCCGUCCGUGCCAUGACAGGACUGGGCGUGACCUUCGAAAAGGUGCGCGUGGAGGGUGAGGGUGGCGCACAUGGGGGAUUUGCUUAUCGAAUGGAACCACCGCUCGACUCACUGGUGAGCUUCUCCAAAACGAAAGGUCUUCUACCCGGCUCGAGCAGCUCCGGACCCGUCCGGUAUGCCGUCCGUCAAGUUCUGGACCAGGAAUAUCGCAAGGAAACGGCACGAAAGCAUUCCGAAGCCCUCAGCUCGUCAGCGAUUGGCAAAAAGGUCGCCGGCAAAUCCGGGGACGCCGACGAUUCGAAGAAAAAAGUGCCCAAGGAUGGCGUUGGUGUCAAGCGAGACUUUUUCGGGCGAAUCGUCAAGGAGCCGACACCACCUGUGCAGACCUCGCAAGAAGGUACCGUGCAGGAUGAGACGUCCAAGGCGGGGAGAAAGGCAUGGGUCACAUACCACGAUGGAUUCUCUAAUGCUGUGCGCAAACCGAUCUCCAUGGGUGAAUUGAUGGCUGGUCUUUAA